GUUCUUCUCAUCGGGGCAGAGAAGAUUCUUCCUGUGGACAGCAGUGCUGGCCAUCCACAACCCCCUGGUGCAUGUCAGCCAGGCUAGGCUGCUCCUCACUUACUCCCUCCUGGGGGAAGCCCAGCAGGUGGUGGGGAACAAGCAAAGGACGUGACGGCCAACGUGAUGCAACAACUUCACAUCAUCCGGCACUUGCGCCAAGUGCCUGAAGCGCUGCAGGAGCCCUGCCUCUGAGGCCACCAGCAACUCCCACUCCCUGUAAACAGGGAGUGUAGUGAGGCUGAGUGGCCUCCCUCUGAGCAGGAGAGCGAGGGCCCCCCUACACGCCCCUUGGAGGGCAGAGCCUAUAUCGUCCCGCCCCCCUCGCCUGUAGGACUGUUUGUUGGCUGGCCACCGGGGCCUUUGGUAGACUGUGUUGAGACUAAGUGGCCUCCCUCCAAUCGGGAGAGUGAGGACCCCCUACACGCCCCUUGGAUGGCGGAGCCUAUAUCGCCCCGCCCCCCUCACUGGAAGUAUAAAAGGCUGGCCCUGCAGCACAGUUGGGGGAGAGCCUGCAAUAGAGGAGGACGCUCGGCCUGUUCUCCAGAGGCCUUGAGAGGAACCCACGCCUGGCUGUUCCCGAUCCCCAGGCAUGGAUGAGGACUGGCCCGGAGUACCUGCUGCGGUUUACCCCGAGGAGUCGGAAGAGGCCUGGAGGCUGCAGAUCUGUUUCGUUGGAAUGAACUGUAACCACAGUAAAAUGUAAGAUAUUUUUUAUGCUGAAGAAUCCCAAAGUGCUGUGCGAACUGUCUGCAUACAACACCGAUGAAAUAAAGCCAUAGCUGAGGAGUUUUCUCAAAGCUGCUGCUCUGGUUGCAUCCACACCAUUAAUACGGUGCUGAAGCUAUGCUGAAGGUUCUCUGCAACAUUGCCUGACAAUUGCUGACUGGAUGGAGGUUGCAACCAGUGUUCCCUUUAUUUUUCACAUCUAUGCCUGGCAGGAUGCUGGACUUGUCCUAUCCACCACUAAUAAUGAGGCCUGCAAAAUGUUUGAUGCCACGCUCACUCAGUAUACUACAUGGACCAAUGAUAAGAGUCUAGGGGGCAUUGAAGGAUCUCUCUCCAAGUUACAUGCAGCAGAUCCAACUUUUACAAUGGGACACGUGAUUGCUAAUGGCUUAGUUCUGAUUGGCACUGGGAGUUCAGUGAGGUUAGACAAAGAGCUGGACGGUGCAAUGAAAAAGAUGGUGGCACUCUCAGAAUCGCAGCCCCUGACUGAGCGGGAGAAGCUACAUGUGUCUGCACUAGACAUGUUUGCCAGUGGGCGUCUUCCUAAAGCAUGUGACAUAUGGGAUAAGAUUCUGCAGGACCAUCCAACUGACAUGUUAGCUCUAAAAUUUGCCCAUGACACUUAUUUUUAUCUGGGAUAUCAAACACAGAUGCGAGACUCUGUUGCCCGUGUAUAUCCUCACUGGACACCUAAUAUUCCACUUAGUAGCUAUGUGAAAGGCAUUUUCUCUUUUGGACUGAUGGAAACUAACCUUUUUGAUCAUGCUGAAAAGCUCGCCAGUGAGGCUUUAGCUAUAAACCAAUCAGAUGCAUGGUCUGUCCAUACCAUAGCACACAUAAAUGAAAUGAAAGCAGACCUGAAGAAUGGGUUGACAUUUAUGAAGCAAACUGAAAACAACUGGAAGGACUGUGACAUGCUUGCUUGCCAUAAUUACUGGCACUGGGCUUUGUAUUUCAUUGAAAAGGGUGAUUAUGAAGCGGCUUUGACAAUUUAUGACAAUCAUAUUGCUCCCAGAUGCAUGUCAAGUGGAAGUAUGCUAGAUGUAGUAGAUAACUGCUCCAUGCUGUACCGGCUUCAGUUGGAAGGUGUAAAGAUAGGAGACAGGUGGAAUGAAGUUAUCCAACUCACAAAGAAACACUCCAAAGAUCAUAUUCUGUUUUUCAAUGAUGUCCACAUUCUCAUGUCUUCGCUAGGGGCCAAAGACCACAAAACCACCAAUGAGCUCUUAACAACUCUUCAGGAACUUACAAAAGCACCUGGUGAAGACUAUCAGCUGGGUCUGGCUCCGAAGUUGGGGUUGCCACUUUGCCAGGCUUUGGUAGAGUUUGACAAUGGAAAUUAUGACAAGACAGUAGAAUUACUUUAUCCAAUUCGCUACCAGGUCUUACAGAUAGGAGGCAGCAAUGCUCAGAGGGAUGUUUUCAACCAGCUAUUGAUCCAUGCUGUUUUAAAUUGCAAAUCAAAAGCCCAUCAGAACCUGGCCAGAUGCCUCCUGAUGGAACGUGAUGGGUUGAGACCAAAUUCACCAUUGACUGAGCGACUUAUUCAAAAGGCAUCAGCUGUUCAUGCGAUGGAAUAAAACUUAAAUCAGUUAUUCCCGUGGAAAUAAUAAUUAGCACUAUAAUCAGUUGCUUUCUGUGACAUUAAAAGAAUCAAAAUAGGGGAAAUAUUGCAUCAGCAGUCAUAUCAGAUCUUCUAAAUAUCUGAGCUUUGGGAAGCUUGUUGUGGUGAUUCAGCAUUGUUGCUUGAGUUUCUGGACACCUCUGAUUCUAGCAAGGUUCUGACCUAGCUGUGUUUUGCAGGGCGACAAUAGCAAAUGAAGUAGAUAUCAGUCAUUUGUUUAAAGCAUGCUGAGCCAUUGUUUUUCAGGAGAGCGCAUCAGUCCUAUGCUUAUCAGGUUGCGGGAUAACACUGCUAUUAUAAAGUUGUGCACCGCCAAAGUAGGCAGUGGUGUUGCUAUUCUAGAACAUGAGGGGAUGGGUCGAGCUGUCACAUGAAGAGCCUUUGAAAAAAGAUGACAUGUGGGAUGUACUAGGGAGGAAUAAAUGGUGCCAAAAUGUGUAGAAAGUGAACUUAUAUGUGUUGGCCCAAAGUGACUUUUGGGCUUCUCCCCCAGGACCAUAGAAGGCCCUAGCUCCACAGAACCACUGCUGCAAAUAGGGGCGGUAUUCGGGAACCUUUUGCUUCCAUGCCAUUCUGCUCCAUUGGGCUCCUAAUGCAUGUAGAGGUGGGGGAGGAGAGCAGGAAUUUGAACCAAGGAAUCCACUGACAGUCUUUUCCUAUGGACCGGCAGUAGCCGCAGGCGGUGCUUCAGCCAUGGAGUUGCAGUAAAGGUCUGGGGGAAGGUGAAUGAGGACUUCUACCACAUGCAUAACACAGCCAUGCCAGAGUGACACCACCCAGCAUGCAGCUAGGCCCUUUUGGCCUGCCUGCGGGUUCCAGGAUUUGGUUUCAAGUUCCUCAAAGGCAUAAUUUUGUAUCAUUUGCUAUUAAAGUCAUACAGGUAUGAACUGAUUUUGCAAGUCAACCGUUUCACAGUUGUUAAUCAAAACUUCUUACUUCUUGAUGUUCUUUUGGAUUUUAAUGGAAAUUAUAGCCUAAUAAUGCGGCACAUUUUUAUAACAUCAGUGGAUAGUGUUAGAAAAAUCUUUGGGCAAUCUAUUAAGAAUUGUAUAGAUCUUUUUUCAUAUGUAACUGUGUUCCUUUGAUUUGCAUUGAACUGAUACCUUACUCCUACAUUACAAAUGUAAGAGCAGACUUUAUGGCAAUGUGAUUUAUGGCAUUACUAAUAGUAUCCUAAAGAAUGUCAUUAAAUUCAAAGAGAUGGUGAUUGAUUUUUCUGAACUUAGGCAUCACCAAAGUGACUAAUGUAUGAAACUGUAGUUUUUUAA